CAUGCUUAGAAAUUUAACGUUUCGUCUAGCCCGAGUAUCAUUAACAGAACUUAAUUUAGCAAAAAACCUCACUACCACCUCUAUAGUAUCACGUAAUCUUGAUAGUAGACGAGUGCCAAUUUUCAAAGAACCUAGUAAAAAUACUGGCAAAUGGGAACCAUGGGUACCAUAUAAAGAUCGCUAUGAGUAUACAGUUGACCCACUUCCAAUGAAUCGCACUGGAGGUCGGGGUCCAAACGGUCGGAUAUGGAAUCAUAAACGUGGAGGCGGUUUGAAAAAAGAGUAUCGAAUGAUCUCCAGGCAACGUGAUGCCCCUGAAGCGGACAAUAUGAACGAAAGUGGAGAACUGAUCGAAAGGAUUACAGAAAUUAUACCUGAUAAAUGUAGGACGGCUCACAUUGCUUUGGUAACUUCCGGAGAGAAAAAAAGAUGGAUUAUUGCAAAUGAAUCGAUGAAAGUAGGGGAUUUAAUAAAGACUACGCGUAAGCUUACAGAAACACCUAUAAGAGCUCAAGAAGGAGACGCUCAUCCAGUUGGCUCUCUUCCAGUAGGAACAAUAAUUAGCUGCAUUGAAAGACGGCCAGGAAAAGGAGCACAAGUUGCCGUAUCGGCUGGAACGAGCGCUCAAAUCGUGCGUAAAAUAGACGAGUCUGUAAUUAUAAAAAUGCCGUCUAAAAGAGAGAUGGAAAUCUCAAGAGAGUGCUUAGCGGUUGUCGGUCGAGUAUCAAACGUUGAUCAUAAUAAGAAAAAAUUUAAGAAAUUUGGAGAAAAAAGAUGGUUAGGGAUAAGACCGCGAUCCGGUAGAUGGCAUAGAAAGGAUGGCAGAUUCGGUAGAAAAAUUAAACCAAUGAAACCAGCGGUUGUUUAUAAUCAACCAUUGGAACCUCCCAAAGAGGUGUUUACAUUUUCUACUUAG